AUGGAAAAGGAAAAAUUGCUAUAUGAAAAAUUUUAUCCUGCAUAUAAUGCUUACAGAUUUCAUUUCAGUCGAUUGUGUGACAAAAAAAAAAACAUUGAAUCAAUUAUAGGAGACAAAAAAGUGAAAAAUUGUCACCAUAUGAUUGUAGUUAGUAGUUAUUUCUCAAUGAAAAAAAUGAGUGCAAAAGAUACUACUCAAAAAAUGAGAGGAGGAGACAGCCCUCAAAAAACGAAUAGUUUGUGCUUAUCAGGAAGAGAAAAAAGGUUAUUUGUUUCUUUUAUUUUUUUAUGGAACCAAAAGGAGCCAAAUGAAAAAACAAACUUCUUAUCUCAACUUUUCACAACUGCAAUUAUUCAAACUUUCGAAUUUUACCAUAUUAAAUUCAACAUAGAAGGAACAAACAAUAUGUCAAAUGGGGAUACAAAAAUUGUUGGCUGUCUUGUUGAUGUUCAUUUUGUAAAAAUGAAUAGUCUAGUCACCCCUAGAAUUUGCAUAUCAUCAUUUGGCCAUAAUCAUUCUGUCUUCAUGGUGACGAACAUAAGUAUUGAUUCUGAAUUGCUACGUGCAAAAAAUGAUAUGAUAAAUGGAAUACACUCGAAAGAGAGCAAUCCUGAAUCUUAUAAGAAAAAUCUAGUACACGAUAUUAACUAUCAAGAUACAGAAGAAACGAUGGUAGAAAACGUUAUUGACAAAUUAAUAGAAAAAUUUUACUCAGUUAUGAACACAUUGGUCACUAAUGAGUCCUCGUCAUUGCUGGGCAUAGGCAAAAUUAAGCCCUGCACAAGGAUAUAG